AUGUUGCACAGGUACGCGACCAAGCUUAAUCUAAGUGCCGAAUCGAGCGACGAAGAAGCUAUGAAGGACAAAUUCAAGGAUUUCGCUAAAGAGAGCAGUGCACCUGGACCUAAGCGCAUUCUUAUCGCUAACAGCAGCCUCAGCAGAGUUUUUUGGAUAACACUUCUUGUACUUCUGAUAGCAGUGUUCAUCUUUCAAGUCGCCAUACUGGUCAUAAAAUACAGAAAGCAUGAAAAAAUCACAACCAUAUCGAUGAAAUUCGAUAAUAUCGAAUUCCCAGCGAUUACCUUUUGUAAUCUCAAUCCGUACAGGAAAAGCCUUGUGUGGAUGGUGCCCUCCUUACGUGAUACG